AUGAAGCCAGAAUGGUGGCCAGGCGAAGAGCACGAAGCUUUCACAGAAUGGGCAGUCUCCAACGGCGUUGACACCAACAAUGUCACCCCAGCUCGGUUUCCAGGUCGAGGCCUAGGAAUGAUGGCCACGCAAAAAAUCAAUAAAGGAGAUGCAGUCCUCCGGGUCCCAACAAAGCUAAUGAUAAUUGCGGACUCCAUCCCUACCACAUUCACCAAACAGUUCCCAGAAGACAUAGCCGUUCAAGCUCUUCUAGCAGCGUACCUCACGCACGGGGAUGCAGAAGAUCUGUCAAAAUGGGAAUUAUGGCGCAAGUCAUGGCCCAGUCGUCAAGUUUUCGCGGACAGCAUGCCGAUCCUAUGGCCAACUGUUUUAGGAGGACCGAAAUGGCCCCCAAGCAACGACAAGAACGAGGACGUUGUCGACUUAAACAAGCCAGGUUUCUUUCCUCCAUCAAUCUCAGGUCGCUGGAAUAGCUUGAAUCCCGGACCUAAGACGAGGAAGUACGAGCUAGAUCAUCAGAAUAUUCUUCCGAAGCAGGUUCAGCUCUUGAGUAAGGCAUGGUUUGAUGUUGUUGCUGUUUAUCCAGAGACUGAGUGGGAUACAUUCUCUUACCACUGGCUUAUUGUGAAUACGAGAAGCUUUUAUUGGAUCGGACUGGGGCAGGAGGCUCCUGAGGACCCUAAUGAUGCUAUGGGGUUGGUGCCUUUUGCUGAUUACUUUAAUCAUGCUGAUGUUGCUCGAGACGUGAAAUUUGACGAAAAUGAAUACGUCUUCUGCGCCACGAAGGACUAUGAAGAAGGUGAUGAGGUCUACAUGAAUUACGGAAGCCAUCCGAAUGAUACUUUACUGGCAGAAUAUGGAUUCUUCCUCGAUGUGAACGAGGCAGACUCAGUGUAUCUCGACGAUAUCGUCUUCCGAGACAUUCAUACACCCGAGCAACAAGAAGACCUGUGGUUAAACCAGUAUUAUGGCAAUUACCAAGUCACACCGCAUGGUCCAUGCUAUCGCACCGAGGUAGCCGCAUGUCUGAGUUAUAUGAAAGAGGAGGACUGGCGGAACCAUGUACUCGAAGGCAUGACCCAUGGACUGGAUGAAGACAGGUCCGAGGUCACGCUGAAGAGGUGGAUUUUGGCAUAUGCAACCGAGGCACAGGCAACUAUCAUUGCACUGCAGACAGCGAUCGAUAACGAUACCACGGUGCAGGCACAUCGCCAAAAAGCGGAGACAUUGUUGAGGCGGUGGGAGCAGAUUAGAAAUCUCUGUGAGAAUGCUGCCAAGACAGUCUCGACAUAG